GCUGAUUUUGGGAAUCAGACUUGGUUGAAUGAAAACCCAACAGCAACCAGCAAUGGUAAUAAACCGUCCGAUUAUGCCUGCCUGAUCAAUAGCGUACAAUGCAUGACUCCCUAUCAUAGCCCACUGGGAGUACGCUCAGAAUUGUUUCUUCUUCUGGUCAGUCUGUUGUGUUAUUCGACGUCGCAGGAAUCCAAAAAGGGGUUGAACUAGGACCAAACGCGGUGGUAACGUUGGGUGAUGUGUGCUGCAUGAAUCGUAUGGAUCAACACCAGAUUGAGUCUUCAGGGAUUUUGUGUGCAGUCGCUGGUGGUCAGCUGUUAUGUGGUCGUGACAGCUCGUUAAUUCUGGCCAGAGUUUGACAUACAGAUGCAGUAAUAAUACCGUGGAGAAACGUUUUUGGAGGAUGCUCUGGCUUUUGUGUGUGUUUAAACGUCGAAUCUUUCUCUCCUCCGCUGGUCAAUGAAAGCGCGUGAGGGUCGGGAUGUGACGGUUUCGCAAUUAGGAUGUAACCAACCAAGCAUCGACAAGGCUGCAAUGAGAUACACAGGUUCAGUUCUAGCCCUGAAGGAGACGCUCAACUGAUGUAGCGUUGACGUCGACAUGGGAUUGUCCCCCACAUCAUCACCUUUUUUCUUAUAAUUCAUUUUACAUCAAGGCAAAAGAAAGUGCUUGGGGAGGUAUUACAGAUUCACAGCAUGAUAGAUGUUGGUAUGGCCAACUAUAGGAGUUGUAUAGUCUUUUCAUUCCAUGGCCUUGGCCUAUAAUUAACAACAUUUCUGCAUACAGAGUUUAUAUUUGGAUUAUAAUGAAUGAUGUAAAACGAAGUCCUCCUGGAAAUGUAUUCGACACUAGAGAUGUGUUUGUUGUUACAGCAUAUGUCCCAGAUGACGUCCUAUUUAAUUGUUUUUAAGUGAUUUUCAAGAGCAUUUUGCCAUCUGCGGCCAAAGUUAUCCCCAGUCAUCAAUAGGCCUAUGCGUCACAUUUUCAAAAGUAUCAUGGACAUACAUUUUCCCUAUCAUAAUGGACAUUUAACUGGACACAUUUAAUUGACUUCAUCAUCCUCUGAAUUCAGUCAUCACGGAUUUCUCAGGAAUGUCAUAGACCUGUCAUUUAAGAGAACAUUGUGACAAUGUAACAACAUUGUAACAAGAACAGUACAUUUGUGCGAAUUUGGAUUUAAAGGAGACUAUAAGCAGGCACGUGUGUGGUCCUGUGUGUUGCUUUUUUCGUUGACUUUUAUCUGAUAAAUAUAAUGUCCAGAUCUAACAGCGUGAGCCCGCCCGGAGUCGGUGCGCCUGGGCUGAGGGGAGGGACUGAGCUCAGAUCUGCUUGGGGCGAGUCUGAGUCUAUUGCAAACGGAUGUCCAUACUCGGCUAGAUCUCCGAGCAAAAAACUCGCCCGGUCGAACAGCAGAUGGAGGGAAGGAGAUGAUGAUCCCGACCAGCAGCCCGGACCAGGACGAGCCACGACAACGGUUAGCAGGGUCAGUUUUAGGUCUAGAUCUGCGUGGCAAGAGCAUGGGACUGGGGAAGAGAGCCGAAACAACAACCGAUCUUCCCCAAGGCACGCAGAUGGAGCCGGGGAAGUGAGACCCAAAUCGGUGGAGUUGGGCUUGGACGACCGGAGAGUGAAGGGUUCCAAACCCGAGGAGGAACUCAUGCCUGAAGUUCACCUUUCCAUGGUUGCGUGCUGCAGCAGCGCGAUGCAGAUUUUCAGAUCCAAGAAAUUCCAAUCGGAGAAGUUGGAGAGGCUGUACCAGCGUUACUUUUUCCGGCUCAACCAGAGCAGUUUGACCAUGCUCAUGGCCGUUUUGGUGCUCGUGUGCGCGGUCAUGCUGACAUUCCAUUGCGCGGGGGGAGUAUGCAGGAUAACUUACGUGGUGGUCUUUUCCUUGGCCAUCUUACUUAUCCUCAUAUUGAUGGUGGUGUGCAAUCGGAACGGGUUUCAUCAGGACCACAUGUGGAUAGUCUGUUAUGUGGUCAUUCUAGUCGUGCUGGUUGUACAAGUGAUCGGGGUGCUGCUUGUGCAGCCGCAAAGUGCUUCUGAAGGAAUUUGGUGGACGGUGUUCUUUAUCCAUGUCAUCUACACGCUGCUCCCGGUUCGGAUGCGGGCUGCGGUUAUCACUGGAGUUAUACUGUCUACCAUCCAUGUGGCCGUGUCUUGGAAGUUAAACGAAAGGGAUGCCUUUAUAUGGAAGCAGAUAGUGUCCAACGUCCUGAUCUUCUCCUGUUCUAACAUCGUGGGCGUGUGUACCCACUACCCAGCCGAGGGCUCCCAGAGACAAGCCUUCCAGGAGACCAGGGAGUGCAUCCAAGCUCGCCUCCACUCACAGAGGGAGAACCAGCAGCAGGAGCGUCUCCUGCUCUCCGUGCUUCCCCGUCAUGUUGCCAUGGAGAUGAAAGCUGAUAUUAACGCUAAGCAGGAAGACAUGAUGUUUCACAAGAUCUACAUCCAGAAGCACGACAACGUCAGCAUCCUGUUUGCGGACAUCGAGGGGUUUACCAGUCUGGCGUCCCAGUGUACUGCCCAGGAGCUGGUGAUGACACUCAAUGAACUUUUCGCCCGCUUCGACAAGCUGGCCGCGGAGAACCACUGCCUGCGUAUUAAGAUUCUUGGCGACUGCUACUACUGUGUGUCUGGGCUGCCAGAGGCCCGGGCCGACCACGCAUCCUGCUGUGUGGAGAUGGGUGUGGACAUGAUCGAGGCCAUCUCGCUCGUGAGAGAGGUCACAGGGGUCAAUGUGAACAUGCGUGUGGGCAUCCAUAGCGGCAGGGUCCACUGUGGGGUACUGGGACUCAGGAAGUGGCAGUUUGACGUGUGGUCCAACGAUGUCACGUUAGCUAAUCACAUGGAGGCUGGGGGCGCGGCAGGGCGUAUCCACAUCACCAAGGCCACUCUGAACUACCUGAAUGGAGACUAUGACGUGGAGCCAGGAUCAGGAGGAGAGAGGAACGUCUAUCUGAAGAGGCACAACAUCGAAACCUACCUCAUCGUGGGCUGCAGCCAGAAAAGGAAAGAAGAGAAGGCGAUGAUAGCCAAAAUGAACCGUCAGCGCGCCAACUCUGUCUCCCACAACACGGGCCACUGGACCGACCGACCUUUCUACAACCACGGAGGAAACCAGAUCUCCAAGGAGAUGAAGAGGAUGGGAUUUGAAGACCCCAAGGACAAAAAUUUCAUUUUCAGAAACACACAGGAAAACCUGAACCCAGAGGACGAGGUGGACGAGUUCCUAGGAAGAGCCAUCGACGCCAGGAGUAUCGACCGGCUACGCUCCGAACACGUCAAGAAGUUCCUGCUGACCUUCAGAGAACCAGACCUGGAGAAGAAGUACUCCAAACAAGUGGACUCCAGAUUUGGAGCAUACGUGGCCUGCGCCUCUCUUGUCUUCCUCUUCAUAUGUUUCAUCCAGAUUGUCAUUGUACCACACUCCACUCUGAUGAUUGGGUUCUACACCACCUGUCUGAUCAUCCUGGUGGCUGUCAUGUUUGUCUCAGCAGUCUACUCCUGCUUUGGGUUUUUCCCGGUGCCUCUCCAGACCUUGUCCAAGAGGAUCGUCCAGUCCAGACUCAACAGCACCCUGGUGGGAGUCUUCACCAUCAUCCUGGUCUUUCUCUCUGCCUUCAUCAACAUUUUCACCUGCAGUACUGGAGACCUGAGGACUUGUCUGAGCUGGGAGCUGAACAUCAGUCGCAGCAGUGUGAACGCCUGCCAUGCACGCAGCCUCAACUACACCCUCGAAUCACUAGACGGCUUCUGUGGCAGCCCCUCACCCAACUGCAACUUCCCUGAGUACUUCUCUUCCUGUGUGUUGUUGAGCCUGCUGGCCAGCUCAGUCUUCCUGCAGGUCAGCAGCAUAGGUAAACUCCUACUCAUGCUCUUCAUCGAGAUCUUCUACGUCCUCAUCAUGGAAGUGCCAGAGGUCAGCCUGUUCGACAACGUAGACCUGCUGGUCAUGGCCAACACUAUAGAGCACAUAAAUGGAACAAGCUGUGUGAUGGACUCUAAGGUCCCUCUGAAGAUCAUGACUCCUGUAGUCAUCACUGUUUUCGUCCUGGCCUUGUAUCUACACGCCCAGCAGGUGGAGUCCACAGCCAGACUCGACUUCCUCUGGAAACUACAGGCCACAGAGGAGAAAGAGGAGAUGGAGGAGCUACAGGCCUACAACCGUCGCCUCCUGCACAACAUCCUCCCCAAAGACGUGGCCGCCCACUUCCUGGCGCGGGAGCGUCGGAACGACGAGCUCUACUACCAGUCCUGUGAGUGUGUGGCCGUCAUGUUCGCCUCCAUCUCCAACUUCUCUGAGUUCUACGUGGAGCUGGAAGCCAACAACGAGGGAGUGGAGUGUCUCCGGCUGCUCAACGAGAUCAUCGCAGACUUUGACGAGAUCAUUAGUGAGGACCAGUUCCGCCAGCUGGAGAAGAUAAAGACCAUCGGCAGUACCUACAUGGCUGCCUCUGGCCUCAACGACUCUACCUACGACAAGGAAGGCCGCUCACACAUCAGAGCCCUGGCAGACUACGCCAUGCGACUCAUGGAUCAGAUGAAGUACAUCAACGAACACUCCUUCAAUAACUUCAAGAUGAAGAUAGGUCUGAACAUGGGUCCAGUGGUGGCUGGAGUGAUCGGGGCCAGGAAGCCCCAGUAUGAUAUCUGGGGGAAUACCGUCAACGUUGCCAGCCGCAUGGACAGCACUGGUGUACCUGACAGGAUCCAGGUGACCUCUGACCUGUACAAUGUGCUGAACUCCUAUAACUACACACUAGAGUGCCGAGGCCUGGUCAAGGUGAAGGGUAAAGGAGAGAUGCAGACCUACUUCCUCACUGGAGGACCUCCCAGCAGUUAACACCCAGGGUGUGUCUGAAAUGGCACACUAUUCCAUGUAUAGUGCACUACUUUGACCAAGGCCCCAUAGGUCUCUGGUCAAAAGUAGUGCACUACAUAGGGAAUAGGGUGCCAUUUCAGAUGCAGCCUAUUCAAAAGCAGCCCCAGUAACGGACUGACACUGGCGCAGGAGAAGUAGAAGGGGGGGCUGUUGGACUAAAAGGGGCUAACCCCCAAGCCUUUGACGAGCAGGUUCAUAGACCUGUGUUAGCUUGGGGAACUGACUGCCCCCCACCCAUACACCUUUUCCUACAUUUAGCCCCUCCCUACCUGCACAGGUUAGCCUCCGAUUGGCCCAGAGUGAAGGAGACCCCACUCAGCAUCCUCUCGGAUUGGGGGAAAGAGACAGAGGGAGGGGCCAAGAGGGCAUGGGUUCGCUGAGGAGACCAAAGAAGUCCCAUCAGACUGCAGAAGACAGACACAUUAUGACAGCAGUCUCUCACAGUCUUAUUCCCACCAGUCAGUGAGAGAUAAGGAACCACUUACAGCCAAUCAUCUCACAGUACUGUAGGUCUCUGUAAGGUUCUGAGGAAAUCGCUACACUACCUGUGUUGUCAUAGACAUUCUGCUGAAGGAUCCAAGUUGAUCCAAACAAACCCUGCAUGAAGACACUGAAAACCAUAUAUACACGUAAAACACACACUGUUUUAUCUGUGUAUAUAUAUAUAUAUAUAGUAUAUAUAUGUGAAAACAAACUGUUUUUGUCCAUACAGUCCAUGUAUGUUGUCUUUGUACACUGUUGUACUGUUAAGUGGUACAGAUAUUGCAAUUCUCCAAACAAUGGGUAUACUACACACUAACAUGGCCAUCGCCAGCCAGUACAGCAACACUGGCAAACCCUUUACUAGAGUUGGUCAGAGAGGAAGGAGCAGUGUGUUUAAUCACCAGUAGGGGUCCUAGGUGGGCCGUUAACCUGGCAGGGUACUUGAACGACCAGAGUGAGACUGCUCUACUCCUCUCCUUGUGAGUUUACAGAACUCUUCCACAGUCUACUUUGCGCAAACACACACACACAAACGUGCAACAGACACACACACACACAGACAUGCGCUAGACAAAACACAUACAGUGGCAAGAAAAAGUAUGUGAACCCUUUGGAAUUACCUGGAUUUCUGCAUAAAUUGGUCAUUCAAUUUGAUCUGAUCAUCUAAGUGACAAUAAUAGACAAACACAGCGUGCUUAAACUAAUAACACACAAAUUAUUGUAUUUUUCUUGUCUAUAUUGAAUAUAUAAUUUAAAUAUUCACAGUUUAGGUUGGAAAAAGUAUGUGAACCCCUAGGCUAAUGACUUCUUCAAAAGCUAAUUGGAGUCAGGAGUCGAAUCAAUGAGACGAGAUUGGAGAUGUUGGUUAGAGCUGCUCUGCCCCAUAAAAAACACUCACAAAAUUGUUGUUUGCAAUUCAAAAGAAGCAUUGCCUGAUGUGAAUCAUGCCUCGAACAAAAGAGAUCUCAGAAGACCUAAGAUUAACGAUUGUUGCCUUGCAUAAAGCUUGAAAGGGUUGCAAAAGUAUCUCUAAAAGUCAGUCCACGGUAAGACAAAUUGUCUAUAAAUGGAGAAAGUUCAGCACUGUUCCUACUCUCCCUAGGAGUGGCCGUCCUGCAAAGAUGACUGCAAGAGCACAGCGCAGAAUUCUCAAUGAGGUUAAGAAGAAUCCUAGAGUGUCAACUAAAGACUUACAGAAAUCUCUGGAAGAUGCUAACAUCUCUGUUAAUGAGUCUACGAUACAUAAAACACUAAACAAGAAUGGUGUUCAUGGGAGGACACCACGGAAGAAGCCACUGCUGUCCAAAAAAAACAUUGCUGCAUGUCUGAUGUUCGUAAAAGAGCAUCUGGAUGUUCCAGCGCUACUUGCAAAAUAUUGUGUAGACAGAUGAAACUAAAGUUGAGUUGUUUGGAAGGAACACACAACGCUAUGUGUGGAGAAAAAAAUGCACAGCACACCAACAUCAAAACCUCAUCCCAAAUGUAAACUAUGGUGGAGGGAGCAUCAUGGUUUGGGGCUGCUUUGCUGCCUCAGGGCCUGGACAGCUUGCUAUCAUCAACUUAAAAAUGGAUUCCCAAGUUUAUCAAGACAUUUUGCAGGAGAAUGUAAGGCUAUCAGUCCAA